AUGGUUAGUAUAUGGUGGACCGAUAUCGGCCUUGCAAAGAGGCUGCCAUUCUUGGUGGAGAACUAUCUCUGGACCGUCGGCUGGGCUUUUGAACCACAAUUUUGGAGUUACAGGGAGAUCCAAACAAAGGCAAACUGCUUUGUAACGAUGAUCGACGAUGUUUAUGAGGUCUAUGGUACCUUGGACGAACUCGAACUCUUCACUGAUGCUGUGGACAUUAAUGCGAUCGACAAGUUCCCGGAGUACAUGAAGAUGUGUUUGCUAGCAGUCUUCAACACUGCAAAUGAUGCAGCUCAUAGAAUCACGAAAGAGAAGAACUUGGACAUAUUACCCUACCCAAAGAGAGCAGAAACAUACCAUCGCUUUCUUGAUCAUCUUACUACGUCAAUCACCUGA